AUGAGUCAACACAGCCCUCCGCAAAACCAGGCGCAAAGCGCCAACGUGGGCGACUCCAACACGAACGAAAAGGCGCCGUUGCCCAAGAAACCGACGAAUGCGGCCGUCACAGACUCCACUGCGAUGAACUCACGAGAAUUGCUCAACGCGUAUGUCUAUGAUUUUCUAAUAAAAUCGGGAUUGCCGAACACUGCAAAGGCCUUUUUCCAGGAGGCGGAUGUGCCUGUUGUCCAGAACCAGGAUGAUAAGGCCAACGGCAGUCGGUCGAAUUCACCCAAGGGCGGCAUCUCAGAGGUUCCUCCGCUGAUGAUGUCGAUGGAUGCACCACAAGGAUUUCUUUACGAAUGGUGGCAGAUAUUCUGGGACGUAUUCAACGCCCGAACCCACCGUGGGGGGUCUGCCAAUGCUCACCAGUACUUCCAGCUGAACUUGUUGAAGCAACGGCAAGAGCACCCACUGAACUCGCAGAUGCAAAUGGUGCAGAACGGUCAUAACCAGCAGCAAAUGGCCGGGUCUCCGAUUCCGAUGCAGCCAGGAAUGAUGCACACCGGGGUUCCUCCCCAGAUGAUGAACAAACGGGGCAACGUGAAUGGGAUGAACAUCCAGCAACAACAGCAGCAACAGGGGGCCAUGAAUGCCAGACUUCAGCAACAAGUUGCACAGCAGCAGAUGAACAAUCUUCGUCAACAACAGGACCAGCAGCAGGGCCAACAGGUUCAGGGCGGGUCUCCUGCCAAAAGAGCGCGACUCGGAGAUAACGAUUCUGGCGAUGGAUCGGCUGGCCACGGCUCACCUCUCGGGCCAAACUCCGUCCCUCCUCAGGCAGGAAUGGUGACGGGCCAGUUCAACUCCCAGUAUGCCCCGAUAUACCAGAAGCAGGCUGGUGCGCCAGUAGGUUCUAACCCUCAGCAGCCUCAGCAUAUGAUGCCAAACUUCCAGCCACCCCAAGGUAUCGUUAACAACUCUGUGCUGCAUGCUCAACAGAAAAUGAUGGGAGGGCCUGAGGAGUUUUACGCUGAGACCUUUAAUGGACUUGUAGGAAACGGAGGAGCCGGUGGCCCUACCGGAGUGCAACCGCCUUCGGGUCAGCCGAAGGCCGAUCCAGGGUCCCAGCCGCAACCUCAAAACUCUCAAUCCCCGGCUUCGAUGCCGCAACAGCCCAACUCUCAGCAUGGCCAACCCAAUGACCCUGCCGCGCAGGGAAUUGCUAUCCAACAGCAUAUUGGCGGAGCCAGGGGCAACGCCAGUGCCAUUCGCGAUUACGAGAAGCAGCUGCGUUUGAUGGAGAGCCAGAACAGGCGCAGACUCGAUGUUCACCGCAACACCGAGGCGAAGGGUGACAACCAAAGAGGUGCUACAGGCACUCAGUUUGCGGACUACUCGGCGAUGCUUGGCCAGUUAGGUCAACAGGGUGCUGUUCCCGGGGGAAAUUCACAGCCCAAUGCCCAAAGACCCAACGGCUCGCAGCCGAUGACUAACAUGCCGCCUCCACAGAACACUCUGAUUUCGCGUACUACGCCUGCUUCAUCUCCUGCGGUCUCGAGUAACCAGACGGGUACCACGACUGCAAAUGGAAGGAAGAAGAAGGAACCAGCUCAGGGCCGGAGGGGGCGCAAGGGCAGCGUAGCUCAGGCUAAUGCAGAGGUAAUGGAGAGUGUUCCUACACCAACGACUCCUCUGACGCCUGCAGCCUCCCAGACGACCCCACAGGGCACACAGAGCACUCCUCAACACAACAACGCUUCAACAGCACCGGCCAGAAGAAUCACCAAGCGCAAGUCCUCACAGAACACAAAAGCAGCUGCUAUCACGUUGGCUGCUCAACAGGCUGCAGCUCAGGCUCAAAAUCCCAACCACGAAAAUGGUCUGGCUUUGGCAGAUGCCUCUGGCGAAUCGACAGUAGUUGACCCGGCUUUGGCAAGCUACGAUGCCAACGGAAAAUCUGACGGAAAGGGUCCAUUGCUCGUUAAUGGAGGGCAAGGACCUUCCUCAGAUAUUCCGACUGACAACCAGUUCUUUCCAGAUUUCAGCGCUACAGGAGCAUCUGCUGAUCUGUUUGAUUUUGAUUCGUUCCUCACUGGCGAUGCCACCGACUCAAACUCGGGUGGUCUAGCCUUGAACGAAAUGUUCAACUGGGGAGAGAGCGUGGAGACUGCGGAUAUGUGA